ACCACCACAGUCUUCUGUGUGACCUUCCCCUGUAGCGCACAACCACAGGCCCUUUACAGCGAUGACCGCAAACGCAGAGAGUUCCAGCUGGCCAGAGUACCCCGAGGAUUUCAGCCUGGCCCACAUCAACUCCAAAAGUUGGAUUGGUUCAAGCGCUGUCCGUGCGUACUCGAGGAGGGACGCGCUCGGAGCUCCAGACGCAGGCAUCUCACUGGAGAGACUCGUGCCAAUGACGAGUGAAGUGGCUGAGUGCGUGUCCUCUGCAGAGACGGACUGUGAGAGGGAAGCAGAGGGAGGCAAGAUGAACCACUGCGGCCCCCAGAAGCACCGGCGCGUCGCAGCCAACGCCAGGGAGAGGAGGAGGAUGCACGGCCUGAACAAAGCGUUCGACGAGCUGAGGAGUGUCAUCCCUUCACUGGAGAAUGAGAGGAAGCUGUCCAAGUAUGACACCCUGCAAAUGGCGCAGAUCUACAUCACUGAGCUGUCGGAGCUCCUGGUCGGCGUGGUUCAGUCGGAGUGCAUGGGUCCGCGUCCAGGCUCAGCGGACAAGACCUCCAUGAGGAGUCUCAUCCACUCCCAGCGGGACAACACUGCCUCCCUGGGUCACCUCAUCAUACUCGGACCUUCAUCCGAGCGGGGGUCAAAUAAAUCCACGACCUCUUCCCACAGCAGUGAUGGAGAAUCCUCGCACCUCAGUGACAUGGAAGAAAGUCAGAGUGGGAGACAGUGACAGAACAUUCUCCACCAGCGGUUUACACACAGUGUCUGUGGGGGAACCAAAUAUCACAGCUUGUAGAAAUGUUGAUCAUAUGAUUGAAGUACAUAUAUUCUCCUGUCAUGAUUUAUAGCUUAGAUGUUGCACAGCCAAAUGAAAGAAAAGUACAGGUAAAAGUCAAAAACACUUUCUAAGACCUUUAAUUUUUUACUUCCUGAGGCCAUCAUGAACUUCCAAAGGCCUUUUAAUGCACUUUAUAUGCUCUGAACAUCACUGGUGACGUUUCCGGUGUCAUUGGUGACAUUUGUACAAAUUAAAAACAAUUAUUUUGAUAUUUAUGUUUAGCUAUGGGGUAUUUUAUAAGGAUUGUUUUGCUACAAUAAAGAUAUCUUUAAGAAAGCAGUGUGCAUUUUCAGCUGUUUUUGUGUAUCGCAUGUACAACACAUGGUUUUACAUUGAGUAAGUGACUUUUCAAUAUCUCUACCAUGUGAAGCAGAGUAAAAUAUCUAGAUGCAAAAAGUAAU